CGCAGCCCAUAUUUGCUCUGCCCACGUCAUGGCGCCGGCGAGGUCCGUCGGCGCAGCGCUCUGGGAGGCCGCCCGCCACGGCAAGCUCGAAGACCUCAAGAAGUGCCUCGGGCGCAUUGGCAAUGACAUUUCUCUCAAGCCGAUGCUCGAGUUCCGCCACCCGAUUGAGGGCACGACGCCGCUGCUUGCCGCGACCUUGCACAAGCAUGAGGCAGCGCUUCUGCUGCUCGUCGAAGCGGGCGCCCGUGUCCACGCCACGACGCGAACCAAGAAGAAGAGCACGCCUCUCCACGUUGCGGCGUACUAUGGCUACGACACCAUUGUGCGGCUCUUGAUCCAGCACGGCGCCGACGUCUACCGCCAGAACGCGCUCGGUCUCUUGCCGCUGGACGUCGCGCGCUUCAAGGUCCAGAUAGCAUGCGUCGAUGCACUACUGCAUGCGAUGGAAGUAUAUCAAGCGCCCAUGAGCUACCGCAACGCGAGCAAGGUCUUCAAGAGCUGGCGACGGUGCUUUGUGCGGCUCCUGCGCGUCUCGGGCGAGAAAGCACCGCCGCUGUACGAGCUCGCGUUCUACCCGACCAAAGACAGCGUCUGUCCGAUUAAAGUCGCUUGGUUUAGCCCGAAUGUCUCGGUCUUGGAGGCCAACCCGGACCACGCGAUGGAGCUCCGGUUCGCCCCUGCCGCCAUCUGGGUGCCCUAUCGGCCGUCCACGUUUACCCGAGACGUUGGCAAUUUGCCGCGCGCAAAGCAGCAACCUCGGGCCUUUCGCCUCCUCGUAGAGUCGGCGGCAGCGGUGCAAGAGUGGUGCAACAUUGGGACCGUCGUGGCGGCGCAGAGCCGGCACGGCACGACCGCUGCCGAUGUCUUUGUCCCGACGGCGCGCAACCCGUACGCCGACGGCAUUGCCAAAUUCAUGGCGGCGUCACUAGUGGCUGAAACAAAGCAGCAAGUACACGCUACGAUGAGCCGGUCGACGCCCAUCAGUCCAGAUAGCAACUCGGCCAAUCCCGCAAGCAACCCUGCGAGUCCAGCAAGUAUUGAUACCCCUUCGAGUCCAGCCUUUUCCCUGAGCCCCGCGUGCGAGCCGCCGAGCCCGGUAAUAUCGCAUCGACCCAGCCCCACACUGCAUCUACCACUGAACUUUGACAAGCUCGCGAUCGGUCCCAUGGUGGCGCAGGCCAUGCCGGCUUCCGCGCCGUCGUUUUCAGAGCCAAUGGCACCACCAAGCGCACCGCCUCUUGGCGAGAAACUGCCCCUGCACGUGCGUGGUCCACCGCCGUCGUACCGUCAAGCCAUCGCGUCCCAUACGAACGAAGGCGCCGAGUGCAUCAUUUGCUUGGACGCGCCCAAGAACUGUGUGACGUUGCCGUGCCGUCACCUCGCGUGCUGUAGCCGCUGUCUCGCACAAGGCGUCUCGUUGUGUCCUGUCUGCCGCGCACCCAUCGAGUCGGUGCUUCAAGUGUUCACUUGA